AUGUCGAGAAAACCAAGCUCUUCAUCCGAUGAAGAAACGAAUAUCGCCGGGGAUGCACCUUCGCAUUCCGACGGCCACACGACCAUCAUUCCUACGCCGGACGUCGCACCUGAGCCCCAGGCUUCUCCUCGUGGCCGCACACCGGCCCGAUCAGACCUGCGCGCACCAAGACGCCGAGACCAGCCUUCACCACCCCCGGCAAGAACGCCAUCUUCUCCAGCAUCCUCCUACGGCUCGGCCACUCCAACGGUCCCACCUAUCGGGAAAUGGACCGUAGCUGGACUAAGGAAAGCGCUGGAGAAUGCAGACAUACCGGCGUCAAGGAAAAUGCACAAAGCGGAGCUAUACGAUCUGUAUGUCUCGUCACAAGCAACGCCUAAGACGACCCACAGACCAAGCAAAUCCCGCACUGCCCGAAACUCACCAGUCCAGUCACCACCGUCGGGUUCCCGCACAAGAUCCGGCUCGCUUCAUCAAUCGACCCGGAGGAACAAGCCUUCAUCGAGCCUGGGCCGCCCCCCUCAGUCCGCUAGGGCAGGUUCACUUGCUGAGGAGGCCCAGCCCUCCACCACCACUUACGCCGCAGCAGCGCAGUAUGCCGCCGGGCCCAGUAGCCCCCCCACAGCUACUCGCUCAGUCUCUCUCUCGCUUUCUGUUUCAGAAAUUCAGGACGCUGGCUCCAGGGGCGGACAAUUUCCCAACGCCAGUUCCUCCAUAUUCAGAACUGAUAUUCCCGUAACACAUCCGCUAAAACCCCUCCUCGACACAUCACUCGACACAAUCCUCCAAGCAGUUUCCCCCAGAACCCUCCAAACCUACGUGACCGCGUGGAGAUGUUUUAAAACAUUCCACGUAUCCUAUAAUCUACCAUUCCCAGACUUUUCUCUCCUCACAAUCACUUCAUUCAUAUCCUACCUUAACAGCAUCAAGAGCCUGCAAGUCGGCUCUAUCAAAGGGUAUCUGAGUGGCAUUCAAUUUUUCCACAAACUGAUAUACGGCGCCCCCUCACCCGAGAUAAAUAAUUCACAAACCUCCCUCUUAAUCAAAGGGAUUCAACGAUCCCAGCCAAACCGUCCCGACACAAGACAACCCAUAACAUCAGAUAUCCUCACCCAAUGCAUUUACACCCUCCGCACCGGCUACCUGUCUCUCCAUAUCGCCCGCACAUUAGAUGCCAUGUUUAUUUUAGCCUUUUUCGGUUUCCUUAGAUGCUCGGAACUCGCCAUCACCUCCAAAUUCGAUCCCAAAACCCACCCCACUAUCUCAGACUUAUCAGUCAUAGAUAACGAAACCAUAUCAUUUUUGAUCAAACAAAGUAAGACAGACCAAACCAAAAAAGGCCAUUUAAUUUACAUUUUCAAACUCUCAUCACCCAUCCAACCAUUCCAAUCCGUUCUGGCAUACCUCCAGUGGAGAACUUCCCAAGCUAACUGCCAUCUCGAUCCCCUAUUCAUAGACGAAUCCAACAAACCAGUCACCCGCUUCUGGUUUCAGAAACAUCUGAAAUCCGUCCUCCAACACUCAGGAAUCCCAGCAAAAAACUUCUCAAGCCACUCCUUCCGCAUUGGGGCAGCAACAUCAGCAGCUCAAAAAGGUCUCUCCCAGCAGCAGAUCCAAGCUCUAGGAAGGUGGUCCUCAGAUGCCUUCCAAAGCUACAUAAGAACCAACCGUUUCCACAUCAAAAAAGCCCACCAAACCCUCAUCGAGUAAAAAAAAA